AUGCACCCAAAGGGUGUCUAUUGUUUCAGAGGUGACAACGAUGACGAAGAUGGCGGGACACAAGAGACGGAUCGAAACCCCAAUCAUCCCUUCCUUUGGAAGCAGCUGUUAGAUGCGCCGGACCGGAGGCAUUCCUGCGACCCAUAUGAACAGCUCUUCACCGACUGGAACAUGUUGACCAAGUACUACGCCAGUCGGGAACUGACUGUACCCAACGACAACCUGGUUGCUCUGUCCGGAUUAGCCAACAACAUGAAGGCCAGACUUCAGCAAUUGAGACCAGGGCCGCAUCGGUAUCUCGCCGGCCUCUGGGAAGAGACAUUGAUUGACACACUUGUGUGGAACGUCAGGGCCCCGGCCAGAAGAGCAUUGAAGUAUCGGGCACCAUCAUGGUCUUGGGCAUGCCUCGAUGGAUAUCUCAACCUCAUAGGAUGCAAGCAUGGGGACAUGAUUUCCUUCACAUCCAUGGUCUCCGUGGAGAUGAGGUACCUCGGCAAAGAGGGCACAGGAGAGGUUGAUGGCGGCAUACUGACAUUGGCAGGGCCGUGUGCUUUGGCCAAGAUAGACAUGGAGAAGAGGAGUCACCAGUGGUUUGAGAACGAGAAAGACGUUCGAAUUAUCCAAGGCGACGAUGGAAGUAACCUUUACGAGAAGGACGAGACCAAAGUCAAAGUUUAUUUUGAUGCCUUGCAUGAUCUUACCGAUGAUGCUCUUCUUAUAUGGGUGUGUGCUCAUCAUUUCCAUGACGAGAAAUGGUUUGGCCAUGACCUGGUACUCGCCCGCGUGGAAGAGGAUAAGCAUCACGGGUUGGGCAUGGCAAGCUGCCAAUUUGAUGACAAGGAAGAUGCACGAGCAUUUAGCGCCAGAUUUUCCCAGAAGCAGAUCAAAAUCAUCUGA